AUGUGGUUUAUCGACGUUGAGACAAGAAAACUCAAGUUUUUCAUGAGCGGCAACUGGAUCAGCUAUGCAAUCCUUAGCCACACGUGGAACGACGAAGAAGUCACUCACCAGGAGUUCCGAGCCGGGACAGCCAAGGGGAAGAAGGGUUAUGCAAAGAUUAUGCAGACUUGCGAUCAGGCACAGAAAGAUGGUCUGAAAUAUGCCUGGGUGGACACCUGCUGUAUCAAUAAAGAGUCCAGCGCUGAGCUGUCGGAAGCUAUCAAUUCGAUGUGGCGAUACUAUGAGAAUGCAGAUGUUUGCUAUGCGUUCUUGUCUGACUUUUGGCACGAGAAGGUCGCGAAGAGUCGCUGGUCUGUCAGAGGUUGGACGCUUCAGGAGCUCAUCGCUCCUGAGCACGUUGUGUUCUUCGACUCGGCAUGGUCCAUCUUGGGUGUCAAAAGGUGCUUGUCAAAUAGUCUGCGAAGCAUAACAGGCAUUGAUAGAAGAGUAAUCGUGAAUCCUGCAUGGCUAUCGGAUCCCGCCCAUACCAUCGCGAAGAAGAUGUCGUGGGCUGCUGGACGUAAGACAAGUUAUAAAGAAGAUCGUGCAUAUUCUUUACUGGGACUCUUCGACAUCCGUAUGCCUCUAUUAUACGGAGAAGGAGAGAAAGCCUUUAUUCGUCUUCAAGAAGAGAUCAUCAAGAACUCAACAGAUCUGUCCUUUCUCGUUCAU